AUGACUGACUUGUGCUCUGAGAGCACCGAGGAAGAGCAACUCCAAGUUCAGGUGGGGCCACAGGAACAAAGAAGGCAGAGAGUGCCGAUCAUUCAGCUCAUACCACGGUCAAAGAUGGCAUCGCCGGGUGGAUCUCCAAAGAAUUCCCCAAGUGGAUCCCCUCGCAAUUCUCCUUUGCUCUUCAGGAAGAUGAUGAUGAACCGGAGCAUCAAUCUCCAGAAGCGCCGUUUCACCUUGGCCCACACGCCCAGCUUUGAUGUGGAGAACGGAUUGUCGGUGGGGCGUAGUCCUCUUGAUGCUCAAACCAGCCCGAGUUCUGGUGGUCUGGUCCUGCAGGCCAACUUUCCACACAGCCAGCGGAGGGAAUCUUUCCUCUACCGCUCCGACUCGGACUUUGACCUGUCACCUAAAGGUCCUACGAAAAAUGCCUCCACUGCAAGUGACCUGGAAGAAAGCUUGAAGCACUGGGAGGUCAACUGGUUGUCAACUCGACACACAGAAGACAUGAUUGUCACACCAUUUGCACAGGUCCUCGCCAGCCUGAGGACUGUCCGGACUAACUUUGCUGUCAUAACUGGGCAGCAAGAUCGGCCCGCGAGCAAGACCCGAUCAUCUGGCAGCAACCCGCCGUCCAUGUGCAAUGCCAGUCUGGCAGAGGAACCGCACCAGCAACUAGCCAUAGAGACUCUGGAUGAGCUGGACUGGUGUCUGGAACAACUGGAGACCCUGAAAACGCGGCAUUCUGUCAGCGAGAUGGCCUCCAACAAGUUCAAGAGGAUGCUGAACCGAGAACUCACCCAGCUGUCGGAGACCAGCCGCUCAGGGAACCAGGUCUCGGAGUUCAUCUCCAGCACCUUCCUUGAGAAGCAACAUGACAUGGACAUCAUGGCUCCCCCCACCAAAGAGGAGAAGAAGAAGCGACCCAUGUCCCAGAUCAGCGGUGUGAAGAAGCCAACUCACAGCCCCAGCCUGGCGCCCUCCACCAUCCCUCGUUUUGGGGUCAGCGGCACCCAAGAGAGUCUUCUAGCCAAGGAAUUGGAGGACAUUAAUAGAUGGGGAGUUGACGUGUUUAAGGUCGCCGAGUACUCUGGAAAUCGUCCACUCACGGUCACCAUGUACACCAUUUUCCAGGAGCGCGACCUGCUCAAGUCUUUCAAGAUUCCAGUAGACACUUUCAUCACCUUCAUGAUGACUUUGGAAGAUCACUACCACGCCGACGUGGCGUACCAUAACAACAUCCACGCCGCCGACGUCGUCCAGUCCACCCAUGUGCUGCUUUCGACUCCUGCACUGGAGGCCGUCUUUACCGAUCUGGAGAUCCUCGCCGCUCUCUUUGCAAGCGCUAUCCAUGAUGUGGAUCACCCUGGUGUUUCCAAUCAAUUUCUCAUCAACACCAAUUCUGAGCUGGCAUUGAUGUACAACGACUCAUCCGUGUUGGAGAAUCACCACCUGGCUGUUGGCUUUAAACUUCUACAAGAGGACAACUGUGACAUUUUCCAAAACCUCAGCAAAAAACAGAGGCACUCGCUGCGCAAGUUGGUCAUUGACAUGGUGCUCGCCACUGAUAUGUCCAAACACAUGAACCUACUGGCAGACCUAAAAACAAUGGUGGAGACCAAGAAGGUCACCAGUUUAGGAGUUCUGCUUUUGGAUAAUUACUCUGACCGCAUUCAGGUCCUUCAGAACAUGGUGCACUGCGCGGACUUGAGUAACCCCACCAAACCACUAGAGUUGUACCGGCAGUGGACUGAUCGGAUCAUGGUGGAGUUCUUCACUCAAGGGGACAGGGAGCGGGACAAGGGCAUGGAGAUCAGCCCGAUGUGCGACAAACACAAUGCCUCCAUUGAGAAGAACCAGGUGGGUUUUAUUGAUUACAUCGUUCAUCCUCUCUGGGAGACGUGGGCCGACCUCGUUCACCCCGAUGCGCAAGAAAUCCUUGACACCUUGGAGGAUAACAGAGAGUGGUACCAGAGCAUGAUCCCCCGAAGUCCUUCACCCAAUCCCGAAGGCUCAGGACUAGAGGACGACGGCGGGGAAGCUUCGGGUUUUAAUACAGGCACGGCGUCGGCUGACAAAUUCCAGUUCGAGCUAACCUUGGAGGAGGAAGGCGAAUCUGAUGCGGAGAGCCUGCCUGAGGAGGAAGAGGACAGACGAGGGACUGAAGCUUCCAAAACUGAUCCUGGCAAAGGAUUAGGUGCCAUAUCUGCUCACUUACUCCCUAAAACCACCUCUGUUGAGGCAACAAGGACGUUUUCCGCAGACUCCGAUAAAACGGCACCAGAAAGAGCCACAGAAACGAGUUCGGAUCUUAGACUGGACACAUAG